AAUUUCAUCGACCUGGUAAACAUCCGACCUCUCGUUCAUUUGUACGCCACAGGUUCGGCUCAGGAGCAGCUGACGAGUGGGCCACUCUUAUACGUGGGACAGGCUCGCAGCGACGCGGUCGGUUCGCGAUUCUGUCGAUGGAGAGCCAGGGCGGGUCGGUCGUGGGCUCUGGCCAAUCGCUCGUGGGUUGUCAGGGCGUUUUUUACCAUGUGGUGGGAUUGGCCAACCCUAUCCACCAAUUCCCCGUCCGCCUCCUCCUCCCCUGCUCGCUCGCCCCGCGCGCGGUCGCCGCCACUCACGGCGAUGAGCGGGCAAGGCCGCGUGAGCCGAUGGGCCAUUGCAGUCGCCGCCGGGAGCGGCUGCCUCCUCUUCCCUUCCCGUCCCCCGGUUCCUCCUCCGCCGCCGCCGCCGCUCUCCACUGGCCGGCGAGCUUCACCCCUCCCCUCCUCUCCUUUCCCCCACAAUAUCCACCUCCUGCCCCCAUCCUUCGCGCCCGAGAAGCCGUGGCCGUCGCUUCAUCGAGGGAAUGGCGUGCCGGAUCCGGUGUCCCCGUUCCAUGUCGGCCACCGUCCUCUUACCACCCGCCUCCCGCUUCCCGACCCAUCCCCGUCUCUCGACGCGGCACAGGUAGGAGCUGGCUGUUCAAGUGUCCAUUGACGGCGGCGAGCCCGAGCCGGCGACGUAGAUCUUACCGGUGGACUGCCGGUCGUCGACGCGUUGCCUCGGACUCCCACAGACGCAGCAGCAUCCGCAGCAGAGGAUGGCCACCGAGCCUGGAGCAGGAGCGUUUACUCGCUGUGCCUAUGGUAGUGGCGGCGACGAUGGCGCGUAUGGUAGUGGCGGCGGCCAGGACGUGCCCUCGGCGAUCUCGACAUCCAAGUCAAGGCCCUUCUCACCCCUCACGCCCUCGUGACCUUGCCAGGAUUGGCGGCGCAAGAACGAUGGCGCUGCAGGGGAUCGAACCAGAGGAAUGUGAUCCAUCCUGUCAAGAUCGGUUUCUGCGUGUGGGGAACUCCAGUUCUGAAAGGUUUAUACUCACCGGUGAGUUGAGCUGCGGCUUGGAUGGGGAUGUUGGUGUUGUUCAAGAGGCCUGCUGGGUUUGCCUUUUUCAAGGUUCUGAACCAGGGCAGGAUCUAUGGAAGGAGUUCACGACUCGGACUCGACGAGAAAGGUUUGUGCUUCAUCUUUUUUUUUUUUGAUGGCAAAAUAACUUCUCUUUAUGAAACAAUCAGUACUUCAUAUAUCUAUUAUAACAGAGUAAGUCAACAAAAGCCCUUUUAUUUGAAUGAACAAGAAUCCGUUGUGUGCUGCUCAGCUAUGUGCCCCUUUUCCAAAUGUUAUAAAUGUUAUCUUAACUUAGUUGUCACAUAGAAGUUGGUUUGGGCUACUGGGCUCAUUUGAUGUUUGCAUGACUUAUUUGAACCCGAUGCCGGCCUCACCGGCAUCCUGAGGCGACAGAGCGACGGCCGCGCUCGACACCCUCUUUCGCAACUCGACGACAGCCUAGCGUCAUAGGCGACCCAUUUGGGUGGGCGACAACGACCGCAGCUGGUGCACGCGCUCACACUCAACCCGUCCAUACUCAACUCUUCCUCUCGGGUGCGGACUGAGAAUUGGAUGCUCUGUGCCAGCAUAUGGAAGUGUUGUGACCACUGUUGUUCCGGAUGUGAGUGGUCCUUGAUUGCAACCUGGUGUCAUCCUGUUCCUACUCACAGGUUACAGUAGUGCACGAGCUGACAAGGAAGAAAUCUUGGUUUCAAAGUACUCUCUGUACGUGGCUAGCUGAGUCGGGUCUACUUAACUUUGCUAUCUGAAAGAUAUAGCUAUUUUAUUUUCCCAUUCAAUUAGGCAAUCUUUUGAGGAGGUUAAAAUGAGUUAUAUUUUGGGCAGGCUUGAUGGCUAUUUGUAUGUUGGGCCAUGUUAGUGGUGUUCUUUAUUUGUUCAUGGGUCAGAUUGUUUGUUUGGUCUUAUGGUUUAGACGUUUGUCCUGACUGUUUUGGUAUGUUUAUAUAGUACUUUUGGAAUGUGAUAUGAUUCUUUUUGGGUUUUUUAGUUCACGCAUUCAUUCUAAGAAUCUUGAUAUCCGGCUGUGUUGUUGUAGAUUUGUAAGUUUUUUGCUUGGGAGCCAUCUAUUCAGCCAUGUUGGAGUAGGCUAUAUGAUUUUUUCAGUUCUGACCACAUAUGCUUCUUCCUUGGUCUAUUCACCAAGUCAUGGACACCGACUCAAAAAAUGAACAAGGUUACCCCUUCAGCUGCAGGUGCAGGGUUGACGGUGACACUGCAGAUGUAGCUUCUCUGACCGCUACCGAAGACACCGCUGAACAGCUUAACCAGACAAAGACAAAGUGCUGUUAUGCAGGCAUGGUUUAAAAACUAGAGCCUUUGGCUGGUCAAGUACCCUUGCCAAAGCGUUCGUGUAAUCUCUUCAAGUUGUAUGAAGCAAAUUCUAUGUAUGUAACACCCAGGAAGAAUAUUAUAAUAAUUAUAUAGAAGCAGAGAAUCAACCUUGCUAGAGCGUUUGUCAAAUAUCUACUCGAGUAGCCUUGCCAAACUUUAUCUGAUGUGUUCUUCA